AUGUCUAAGCGACCACGAAGGGAGGGAAACACUAGCAGCAUCGUCACCUCUACCCAUGGCCAGAUACGGGUGACUGUACGAACGGAAGUCGACGUCAAUGUGCCAGGUGGUUAUGACGGGGAAGAAAAGGAAGUGAUGGAGCGUAUAUUGGAUGUCAUUGUUGUGGAUCAUGAGCGCCUCCGACUGGACACUGACAGGGCUCUCGAUGCAAUGGUGGACUUAUCGGACAAGUGGAACCGCUUGGAGGAUAAGCUCGAAGAGAUACACGGUGACAAGUACGAAGAGUCGUUGGUGAAUUACCCACAAGAGGUGAACUUGGCGAUGGAGGAACUUCGUGAAGCCCUGAAAACCGUGAGGGAAAAAGUGGGCGCCAAUGGGGACUGGAUAAGACUAAGUCAGGCGAGAUUGAUUAGGACAAAUAAAGAGGAGAGUGUUGUCAGUGUAGAGGACUAG